AUGGAGAACAAAAACCAAGGGGCGCUGGGUGAUGAACGACAGGAACGACGGGAACGACGGGAACGACAGGAACGGGAACUGGAACGACGGGAACGACAGAAACGACGGGAACGACGGGAACGACAGGAACGACAGAAACUACGGGAACGACGGGAACGACGGGAACGACAACUGGAACGACGGGAACGACAGAAACGACGGGAACGACGGGAACGACAGGAACGACAGGAACGACAGAAACUACGGGAACGACGGGAACGACAGGAACGACGGGAACGACAAAACAAGGUCACCAGACAAGCCUGCACCUCCACUCUUGUGUCAUCCAGCCUGCACCUCCACACUGGUAUCAUCCAGCCUGCACCUCCACACUCGUAUCAUCCAGCCUGCACCUCCACUCUUGUGUCAUCCAGCCUGCACCUCCACUCUUGUAUCAUCCAGCCUGCACCUCCACUCUUGUGUCAUCCAGCCUGCACCUCCACACUCGUAUCAUCCAGCCUGCACCUCCACUCUUGUGUCAUCCAGCCUGCACCUCUACUUUCGUAUCAUCCAGCCUGCACCUCCACUCUGGUGUCAUCCAGCUUGCACCUCUACUCUCGUAUCAUCCAGCCUGCACCUCCACUCUUGUGUCAUCCAGCCUGCACCUCCACUCUGGUGUCAUCCAGCCUGCACCUCCACUCUCGUAUCAUCCAGCCUGCACCUCCACUCUCGUGUCAUCCAGCCUGCACCUCCACUCUCGUAUCAUCCAGCCUGCACCUCCACUCUCGUAUCAUCCAGCCUGCACCUCCACUCUCGUAUCAUCCAGCCUGCACCUCCACUCUGGUGUCAUCCAGCCUGCACCUCCACUCUGGUGUCAUCCAGCCUGCACCUCCACUCUGGUGUCAUCCAGCCUGCACCUCCACUCUCGUAUCAUCCAGCCUGCACCUCCACUCUCGUAUCAUCCAGCCUGCACCUCCACAGUCGUAUCAUCCAGCCUGCACCUCCACUCUCGUAUCAUCCAGCCUGCACCUCCACAGUCGUAUCAUCCAGCCUGCACCUCCACUCUCGUAUCAUCCAGCCUGCACCUCCACUCUAGUGUCAUCCAGCCUGCACCUCCACUCUCGUAUCAUCCAGCCAGCACCUCCACUCUCGUGUCAUCCAGCCUGCACGUUAUCGCUCGCUUAA